GCAGCGCUAAAAGCGGCGCCAAAACCGGCGUUUGUGAUAAUUUACGUGAUUUGUUUCCAUUUUCAUCUUAAAAACUUGUGCCGUGCGAAGGACAUGUGCCUGCAUCGAUUGUCGCCUAAUUGAAAAGUGGCCUGCGGAGUUAAUUACGGUAUGCGUGAUCCGGCUAGCAGGUAAAAACUAGCAACAAGCGUCUGUUUAUUCGCCGGAGCGCGUGAAAAGUGGUUGUGCAUCGCAAGCGGUACAUGAAGAGCGUACGUACUUUUUCAAACGACGAAUGAACAAUCUACUUCAUAAAAGCGAGCCUGUGAGAGAGUCACGUAUCAUGACGGGCAACGCUUCGCGAAAAGUUACCAAAUCAAAACGAGUUUGCAAACCAAUUGGCCAUGUGCCAACCAGCUGGUCCGAUAAGCUGGCGCGAGCUGUGGAACAGUUCCCUUACCUCUACGAUCGUCAUGAUUUUUUUUACAAAAAUUCGACCAAGAAGGAGUUAGCGUGGAAGAAAGUAGGAGCUCAAGUGGGCGUUUCAGGCACCGUGGCUAAAGCCAAGUGGACUAUAGGGCGUUCUAAUUAUGGUCGCUUUAUGCGAGCGUUGGAACGCGCCCCGUCCGAGGUGGCUCAUGUGGCUGCUUAUUACGAAAGCUUUCGGUUUUUGGACAGAAUUGACCGGCGCAUUGCUAGUAAGACUCGUGGCAACGGGUGGCACAACAGAAGUACCAGUGUCGAAAGUAUGGAACAUGAUUAUGCAGAAUCCUCGAUCGACCAAAGGGACACCUAUUCCUCUGAGGGAGAAUCGUAUAUGCCGCUACCGGAGCAGCCCGCCAGUAAGACUGUAACCAUCGAUGCACGCGCGAUGAAUACAUUCUUGGAUCGCCUGGAGCCAACAACGCAAUCACCGGAUGCACUGGAGUUAAUGUUUAUGAGUUUCGCUGCAAUGACGCGACAGUUUAAACCGGCAGUGCAGUCCCAAAUCAAGCUGAAAGUGAUGCAAGUAAUGGUGGACGCUGAAGCGGAGAUGGCCUAACAGGAGCAAAGAAACUGGCAGCGCAACGAUGUUCCUUAGCUUUUAAGUGCCUUACUAUCUUGUUUUUUUUCGUGAAUUACUCGUAUGAAUUCUGCAUUCUGACUAUCAGAAGCAGCUCCAUGGAAUCGCUAUAACGUGCCAUUAUGAAGUGAUUGUUUCCAUCAUUCUUUAGUACUAAGAA